AAUCAGCUGUUAAUUUAACCAAAAGUAAAUAGAUGAAUGGAUUUCGGAAAAUCUUGUGACGAAAAUGUGAUAGUUUCGGUAUAGAAGUGUUUUUAACAUUAUUUCUUGAUUUACGCAAACAACGGGAACAAGCGCGAUGUUUGCCCAUAUAGCAUACAGACGGCCGUUGGUGUUGUUAACCCAAAGAUGUUUCCUUAACGUAGCCCCAAACACAAAGAAGUUACCUCAGCUAAGCAGGCAACGACUGACGCCAUUUCAGUCUCGUCAGUUCUAUCAAAAACGUAGUGAAUCUUCUACUGAUGCAACCAUAACUCAAAAUAUUUGGAACAAAAUUUUCGGAAAAUAUUUGUUAGCUACAAAUAUUCUGAGUUCGGGUAUUUUAAUGGUAAUUGGAGAUUUGGUUGCACAAGAGAUUGAAUAUCGGCGUCAUCACAACGAGUUGGAUGAAUUCGAUAUCAAGCAAGAACGCUAUGACACAAAGCGAGUUUUUCGUAUGUUUGUGGUGGGAUGUUUACAAGGGCCAUUACACCAUUAUGUUUACAAGUGGAUGGAUUAUGCGAUGCCAGUUCGUAACGUGAAGAACACUCUUUGGAAAAUAUUAAUUGACCAAAUAUUUAUGUCACCAGCUUGCAUUUUAAUAUUUUUUUAUUCCGCUUGCUAUCUCGAGCAGAGGUCUGUGCAAGACACAAAUAAGGAGUUGUGUGAUAAAUUUCCAAUUAUUUAUUUAAUGGAUUGGGCUAUGUGGCCAGCAGCACAAUAUAUAAACUUUAGAUAUUUGGAUACCAAAUAUCGGGUUAUGUUCGUAAACGUAUGCACAGCAGUUUAUAAUAUAUUUCUUUCGUAUAUGAAACAUGACUAUUAAUGUGAACUUUUGCUGUAUUGCUUUAAUAUACGUGUGAUAUCGUACCUAAUA